CGGCCUGGACACAUAAAACAACCAAGUCAAACCAACGUCUCCAAACUCUUGUCAAAAUAUGCUGCUCCUAACCCCCACGCCGUCAAACCCACACCUUCAUCGAUUUUGCGCAACCAGACAAACGGAACGAAGCCUACAGCGUCGUCCACUAAAAACGCCACCACGUCACGGAAAGGAGGACUUGAUAUUGGUAGUUACGAUGGAGGGUUUGAGCUUGAUAAUGAGAAGAGGGGAGAGAAAGUCUACGGGCAGGCUGCUGUAGAUCUUGCCCUGGAUUCGAGUACUUCGAGGUAUGUGUAAAUGGCGAGGAAUUCGGUUUGUCUCACACGUCGUUGUAGGCAACCCACUCGCGAGUGGAGUCUGCCUGCAUUUGAUAUCGGUCGGCCACUUGGGAAAGGGAAAUUUGGUCGUGUCUACAUGGUCAGGACCAAGGUCGAACCUCAUUACAUCCUUGCUUUGAAGUGCCUCUACAAGUCGGAAAUUGUUCAAUCACGAGUCGAGAAGCAGAUUCGGCGAGAAAUCGAAAUUCAACAGAAUUUACGUCAUCCCCACGUCUUGCGUCUAUAUGGCUACUUCCACGACGAAAAGCGGAUUUUUUUAAUGCUCGAAUUCGCAGGUAAAGGAGAGCUCUACAAGCAGCUCAGCAAGCACGGCUGCUUUUCGGAGAAGAGGAGUUCGCGGUACAUUGACCAGAUGGCGGACGCGCUGUCUUACCUGCAUUCGAAACAUGUUAUCCAUCGCGAUAUCAAACCUGAGAAUCUGUUACUUGGGAUAAAUGGUGAGCUGAAAAUCGGUGAUUUUGGAUGGAGUGUCCACGCACCUGGCAACCGUCGCAUGACGCUUUGCGGUACUCUUGACUACUUACCGCCAGAAAUGGUGGAAGGGCGGGAGCAUAAUGAGAGGGUUGAUCACUGGGCAUUGGGCGUUUUGACUUACGAAUUCAUGGUUGGAAACCCACCUUUCGAGGAUAGGAGCAGCGUCAACGCUACCUACCGACGAAUUGCCAAGGUGGAUCUGAGAAUACCUGCACAUAUCUCGCCAGAAGCUAGGGAUCUUAUUUACAAACUACUGAAAUACGAUCCCCAACAACGGAUAGCUUUGUCCGAUGUGUUGAAGCACCCGUGGAUUGUCAAGUACCGGUCCAAAGGGACAUCAAAGAGUACUGGCGAGGCGUAGACAUCAGCGCGAUGAUCAUUUAUCCCUGUUUAUGCGUACCCAACUUCAACGACGUGUUGAUAGACUGGACUAUGGGUCUGCGUUAGUGUACAAAAGAGGCCUUUAAGCUCAAGUUCAGGUGCACCACAUGUACAUAUCACAAUUCCACGAUUCCUGUACUGGUACACUUGAGACAUAUAGGGCAGGACAGUAAGCACUGACAGCAUACAGAAGUAGCUUUUUGUGCAUUGAUGUAAUACCCAGUUCUUGUUAUCUUAUUUUAAACCUGCUGUACAGUAUAUCGUAGAGAUCGAAAAGAAAGAAUUAUUAA